AUGAAUCCUUUGAUGGUUGCAAAAGCCUUAGGUGGAAAGCUUACAUGUUUCGAGAGGGAUUGGCUACGGAAAAAUUUGAACGUGAUUGGGAUUGGGUUGAUCGGAUGGUUAGCACCUUCCAAAUCUAAUGAAACUAGAAAAGUGAAAACUAGACUCCACACACAAUUCGGCCGCGAACCAACACUUGUUGAAUGGGAAGAGGCCACAUCUAGGGAAUUGAAGUCGCGGCUUAAUUUCUAUAACAGAAGUAGGGAGAGGCUAAUAUCUGUCAAUCUACGGAUGGUGAUUCACAUCGCUAAACAGUAUCAGAAUCAUGGUCUCAAACUUCAUGAUUUGUUACAGGAAGGGAGCAUGGUUCUUCUGAAAAGUGUUGAGAAAUUCAAGCCUCAAGCUGGUUGCAGGUUUGCUACUUAUGCAUACUGGUGGAUAAGGCAAUCCAUUAGGAAGGCGAUUUUCCAGCACUCUAGAACGAUCCCCUUCCAGUAA